CAUGGCAACCUAUUUGCGCGGGUUUUUUCUGGCUUCAGGAUCAGUCUUUAUGUGAUUAUUUACUCCAUACUGCUAAGCUCUUUCUUAAUCUUUAUUGUAAUUUACGUUUUAAUUUGUUGUUCAUUCACUGAUAUCGUACUUCGUCCAUCUCAGUUCAUCUUAAGCCUGAUCUCUUGGUUAUUACAUUAUUUCAAGAAAAUUCAAAACUGUUCUGCUCUCACGAAACUCAUCCUUUUUGGCUUUUCAUUUCUGUGUGCCUUUGCCUGGUUAACAUUAAUAUUCGUGUAUAUCUCAUAAAUCCUUUGAUUGUUUUGAUUCCUCAUCAAUUAAAUACUUUUAAUAUCUUCAUUCAAGGACUAACUUAUGCUAUAUGUCAGAGUUCAUCAAGUGUUCUUUUCGUUGAUUGAAUAAAAGCCCAUAAUCCUGAAAAUCCUAUAGAUACAAGAGCUAUAAAAAUGGAACCUCCGCCAAGUAAUUCAAGAAAGGGAUUUCUUGACAAAUUUGCUGGUGCAUUUACUUGUCAUUCUAUGUCAUUAAAAAAAGACAAGAAGAGGCCAAUGGUUGAUGGUUCUCCCCCAGAAUCUGAGCUGUGUCCCACUGGAUUUAAAAAGAUAAUGUUUGAUAAUCAAAAAGGACUCCCAUUUGUUGACAUUUUAAAGCCUACGUCGCGAAGCGAUCUCUUAGUCCACCCGAAAAAAAUAAGUGAGGUUGAUUGCUGGUUAACCUCCAUUUUUGGCACCAGAUCUUCAAAUCCGAAAUUAUUUCUUAUUGUUAGUGGACCUUCAGGGUCUGGUAAAAUGACAACUCUUCAGUUACUUGCACGAGAACGUGGAAUCAAGACUAUUGAAUUUUCGGAGGUCAGUUACGUCAAAGAAAUUUUCUCAGUGGAAGACGAGAAAAGUUAUUCUUAUGGAGAGCAUCUGAAUAAUCGUAGUCAAAGUGAAAACGUUAGAAAUUUCCUCAUCCAAGCUAACGUUAAAUCUAUUGUAGAUAAAAGUCCUAAAAACAAAAAACUACUAGUCUUCAAAGAUCUUCCUUUCACUUUGGUGAAAGAGCCAGAGAAAUACCAUAAAUUAUGGACGUGGUAUUAUGAAAAAUUCAGCGCAGAUGGAGUUCCUGUUGUUUUCAUUCUCUCAAACGAUCCCAGUAGAGAACAAAUCAAAAUUUUCUCGAGCCAGCUCAGGUCGCGUCUAAAUGUAGUAGAAAUUCAAUUUAAUCCAUUCGUUAAAACUCGUAUAGUUAAAUGGUUGACUGAUAAAUUGGAGAAGAAAGUAUCAAAACCAGAUAUUGAGGCCAUUGUCGACGAAGGGAAAGGUGAUUUCAGGAAUAUACUCAACUGUUUUGAGCUAAAAUGCAGUUCAAGUCUCGCAAAACAAAGAUCCUUUACUAACUUCAAAAGAGGGGCCAAAAAGCUAAAAACUGACGAUAAUCUGUCUAAGGAUCCUGGAUCAAGUGCAAUUUGGGGUCGUGAUGUAUCUUUAGAAUUGUACCACUUUUUGGGAAAAAUUUUAUUCAGCAAGCGACACUACGAUAAACCAGUGCAGAGAACAUUGCCCGAUGAACUAUUGAAAUUUGAGCGCCAUCCUUUAGUUGAAGACCCUUUUCAAUUAGUUGAAACUCAUGACAUCUCCUCUAAUACACUGAAUCUAUUUUUACAUCAAAACUAUCUAAAUCAUUCUGAAAAUUUGGAAAGCGCAGCUAACUCUAUUGAAUGGUUGAGUCAAUCUGAUUGUUUAAGAGAUGAUGUAUAUGAUGGCAAUUCUCCAUUAGAAAGUUACCAAAAGGCUCUAUCAGGAGCAGGUUUAAUGUUUAAUUUAAGUCCAAAUGGACCGGUUAAAGUGAAAUAUCUCGAUACAAGAAAAGCUAAGGAUACCCAUUCCAAGCCAUCCUUAAUAUCUUCCAAUAGGCCCUGGCAUAUUAAUCAAGAAAAAAUUAAGGAGACAAAAUCAACUUUAAAAGCUUGUAUUAACGAGAAAUCUAAAUCUCUAAAUUACCAGGAUUUCAUUUUAGAUUUUCUUCCAUAUGCAUCAGUGAUGAAUAUUUCAAUGAAAAGGUUUACUGGUGAUCUUUUGAAAAUCUCAUGUUUUCCCAAUAUAAGUUAUGGUGGUUUUAACAAGACUCAUGAGCCAUUUGUUAUGCGUCCAUCAACAGUUCAAUUGCGAUGCGAAACCUCAGAUAUACCGAUAAAUGAGCGCGAUGAAAGUGAUGAUGAAAAAUUGUAUUUUAUUGAAGACGUAUCUGAUUGAGUAUUCCGCCAAUGUAAAGUUUAUGCUACCAAUAAAUUGUUAAUUAUUUAUAUUUAUGAUUAA